AGGCAUCAUAAACCGUUUCCCACAUAUGCCGUCUGUGUUGAUAAGCCGAAAGUUUGCUAGUUCAUCCCAACGUCGUCAACACCACGCGGAGCCGUCCCGAGCCUACGCCGCACACUACGGGCCCGCCGAGGUGGCACUUCUUAUUUGCCAAACGCCUUGUUGGUCGUCAUGCAGGCGUCCAAGAACGCAAAAAGGGUAUCAUCGUCCUAUCGUUGGUGUGUGCGGACUGGCUCUCGACUCCACGAGUCACCUCCCGCGCGCACGGUUCCUGGCUUUCAUAUGCCCAAAUGCAAAUGGCCCAACAUCCUUGGAAAUAGAGGCGUCGAUCCCUCCAGACUGUCUCCACGUCUCUCCAUAUGAGACAUGAAAUAUCUUAAGAGGGAGGGUCUUUCAAGUCCGCAAGGCGUGCUAGGGUAUCACUCAAUGCGGGCUGUCCCCUUCUCAUGGAGUGUCUCACGCCCUCUCUCCCCUUUCCUCUCUCCACAGUUCCCGGAUCAUGCUGGCCCAAAGCAGAGCAUGCCCCUUGAUCCAAGACCUAGCAAAGAGUCCCACGUUCAAUUUUCGUCGAUAUAGUUAGGUGACGUCCCGCGGUCGUCCAAGGCCUACCGUUUCUUGUCUAAUGUCCCAUCAUCUACCCAUCGCACCCAGCACCUCGAAAGGACUUGGACCGCAUACCGCCGCAUGUCAGCCAUUCGCAGACCGCCAUAAUUCAGAGAAGACUUCCGAGGGAAGCACAGUGUUGUCCAAGACGGACCUCUGGUAACGUCCUGCAAAGAUUAUGGAAGUGCCUCCCGGAAUCGACCCGACCGAUUCGCGGGGACCGCUGCUGGUCGGCGUCACCAGCUUUGUUCUUUCAGUAGCCUUUGUCGCCGUUUCAUUACGAAUAUACGUACGGAGUUGUCUCAUUAGACAGGUAGGGAUGGAUGACUGGGCUUCCAUUAUUGCAUUUCUCCUAGUAUUUGCUUGCGGUUUCGCAGUUGCUUGGAACGUUAAAAAUGGCCUCGGCCGUCACGUUUACUUUCUCACCCCUGAACAAAUCAAGAACUACAUGAGGACAUUCUACGUAACGAUUGUCUUUUACAACGCCGCCCUGGCUGGCAUCAAGAUGACGUUCCUCUUCCAAUACUACCGUGUCCUGGCCGUACAAAGGAUGAAAAAGGUCUUCAUAGCCGCCAUGAUCAUCGUCGGGGCGUGGAGCGUCUCACAGAUCCUCGUCGCCAUUUUCAACUGUUCCCCUAUCCCCGCCUUCUGGGACAAGUCCAUCGACGGCUCGUGCAUCCCCAACUACCCGUACUUUUACAUCAACGCCGCCGGCAACAUUGCCACCGACAUCAUUGUGUUUGUAUUGCCGUUGCCGGUGAUCAACAAACUCAGCCUGGCCCGUGGGCAGAAAUACGUUCUGCUCGGCAUCUUCUGUCUGGGCUUCUUCACAUGCACUAUUUCCUUCAUCCGGAUCAGCUUCCUCAAGCUCCACGAGGACUUUACGUGGUCGAACGUCGAGACGGCCGGGUGGUCUGUCGGCGAACUAUGCAGCGGCCUGUUGUGCGCCUGUCUCCCGACCUUCCGCCCACUCACCUCUCGCUUUAUCCCUGCCCUCGCGAGCCGCUCCGCCAAGUCUUCGAGACACCGCCAGCACGACGGCUACUCCCACAACACAGGGAACACCUCGAAACUUCGCGACCUCGAGGUCGGAGGCGCGCCAGGGAAGCCGGGCCACUACUCGAUUCCCAGCUCGAAACGCCGCACCGGAUCCACAGACAGUAAGGCCGAUCUGUACGACAUGACGACUUACGACCUUAGCCACACGAGCUCGGAUCGCGAAGGAGAGAGGACCAUCCAGGGACCGGCAGUAAUUGAGCGUCGAGAUAGUCAGGGGAAGGGCUCGCCCUCGCCAACGCGGCGACAGAAGCCCAUCGAGAUGAGGCGAUUUAAGAGUCACAACGACGCCGUCGUGGAAACGCGUAUCGAGGCCGGACCGCGGGUCUCUGAUGAUAAGGUCAAGUUGAAACCAGGGGCGCCAAUCGAAGUCACCUGCGAUAUUGUGCAGGUAUCUUCGCAAAAGGUAGAGGAGAGGGUAUUUACAUGAAAGCGGAAGAGAUACACAUAAUGUUAGUCAGUUAGUUAUGACCUUUAAUUAUGAACAUGUUGCCC